UGUCUCUCGUACCUGCGCUGCUGUUUCUCCUUGCACCCUCGCCUGCUCGUCACCCUGCGCCCGAAGUCUCUCCGAUCCACGCCUGUCCCGCUGCUGGCACCGCAUUCGUCCACCUCAUAACCGCCGCUCGCCAACUACAUCAUCCAGCACAACCCUGCCCGCCCGCCAGCCUCGACGUCGACGCUACAACCCACCUCGCCCGGCCAUAGCUUGCUAGUUGCGAUAGUAGCUGUCUACAUCACCCUGCAAUCAGGACUCUGACAAGUUCCAAUCGCUUCUAUCGAGUCCCGCUGCGUGCCCCGCAGUCCUGGUCCUGGAAUCAUGGUUGAAGCAGAGGGCAGUGGCAGCCCCACGACGUGGAAGUUCACGCAGUGCUUCGGCGACAAAGGAGAUGUCGAGGAUAUAACAGAAGCGGACAUCAUCUCGACCGUCGAGUUCGACCAGACGGGCAACUAUCUCGCGACGGGUGACAAGGGUGGUCGCGUGGUGCUGUUCGAGAGGAACGAGACGAAAAAAACAUGCGAGUACAAGUUCCACACCGAGUUCCAAUCGCACGAGCCUGAGUUCGACUACCUCAAAUCCCUCGAAAUCGAAGAGAAGAUCAACAAGAUCAAGUGGUGCCGUCGACAGAACGCCUCGCACUACCUCCUCUCCACAAAUGACAAAACAAUCAAGCUGUGGAAGGUAUUUGAGAAGUCGCUGAAGGUCGUGGCAGAGAACAAUCUAUCACACGAAUUGACACCCGGAGGUGGGGUUGCUGGUGGAGGCGGGCCUGUCAGGAACCCAAACGCGCAAUUCCGUACCGCCACUGACCUGAAGCUCCCCCGACUGACUCAUCACGACACUGUCGUCGCCGCCGUACCUCGAAAGACAUAUGCAAACGCGCACGCCUACCACAUCAACAGCAUAUCCGUGAACAGUGACGGCGAGACGUUCAUUAGUAGCGAUGAUCUGCGCAUCAACUUAUGGAACCUCAACAUACAGGACCAGAGCUUCAACAUUGUGGACAUCAAACCGGCCAACAUGGAAGAGCUCACAGAAGUCAUCACUGCUGCCGAGUUUCACCCUAUAAGCUGUAACUGGUUCAUGUAUGCCAGCUCGAAAGGCACUAUCAAACUGGCAGAUAUGCGAGAGAGUGCGUUAUGCGACCAGCACGCGAAGCAGUUCGAGCAAGAAGAAGACCCGUCUUCGCGUUCUUUCUUCUCUGAGAUCAUUUCCUCAAUCUCUGACGUACGAUUCUCCCAUGAUGGACGAUAUAUCCUCUCACGCGACUAUCUCACCGUCAAGAUCUGGGACGUGAACAUGGAGCGAACGCCAGUCAAGACGAUUCCAAUCCACGAACACCUACGACCCAGGUUGUGCGACACUUACGAAAAUGAUAGUAUCUUCGACAAGUUUGAGGUUGUCUUCUCGGGCGAUGCCAAGAACGUCAUGACUGGCAGCUACAACAAUAACUUCAUGAUCUAUCCCUCAGACGCAGAGAAAGACACCGAAGUGGUACUUCAGGCUGACAAGUCGGCGUUCAAAGCCAAGAAGGUCGGUAUUCCUCAACCGAUGAACUCAUCAGCCAGCCCAACAGGUAGUUCUGGUAAGAAGGGCGGUUCAAGAGCCGGCAGCCCUGCCGCUGGCGCAGGAGGACAAGGGCAGCGAAUGAGGAAGGAGACGGACGCGGACCAGAUCGACUUUAACAAGAAGAUUCUGCACAUGAGUUGGCAUCCAUUUGAGGACAGCAUCGCCAUUGCCGCGACAAACAACCUUUUCGUCUUUUCUGCGUUGUAAGAAAUUAGACUCGCGGGCAUGGAGCUAUUCUCCAAGGUAUUCGCGAAUAGAAAUACCUAUUUGCGCAUUCUUUGGCGAUAUAUUCCUCCUCUUUGCUUCACUCGGGUUUGGCAACUGCUUGUUCUGCGACGCUGGGUCGAUAGAUAUGGACCACU